AAAUCUACUUUUACUUCCCCUCUGUCGCGUCUUCCGGAUUUCGCAGCCGAGGAGAUCGAGAUUUUGCAAGUAUGGAGAGUAUGCAAACCUUUUGGCAAUUGGGUGAUGAACUUCGAGGACAAUCAAAAGUCUCAGAGGAUCACAAGUGGUUAAUGGUUGCUUCCAAGUUGGCUGAGCAGACCAGUUCAAAGGGGGAGCGAAGGAAUAAUCUUGAUCUCUCAAAGGGCUCAGCUGAAAUAAGGCCAAGGGAUAAUGUUGGGUUUCAGGAGGAUAACAAAUUUGAAAGCCUCAACUUCAACAUGUUAAAUUUGGGGGCUAAAAUGACUGAAAAUGCAAACAAAAGCUCCUUCAGAAAUGGCAUCUACAAUAUGAAUACAGUAUAUCAGAAGGGCAGUAGUAACAAUAUGGGAAAUAUGAUCGGUAGCAAGUAUAGUGGCAACAACCAUAACAGAGAGCCCAACAACAGCAGCAAUAAUACCACCAAUGAGAACACUAAUACAAACGGAGCAGUUGACAAAAGGUUCAAGACCUUACCCACAGCAGAGACACUUCCACGGAAUGAGGCACUUGGUGGAUACAUCUUUGUUUGUAACAAUGAUACAAUGCAGGAAGAUUUGAAGCGGCAACUAUUUGGCUUGCCACCAAGAUAUAGAGACUCUGUCCGGGCAAUAACACCAGGCUUACCACUGUUUCUCUAUAACUAUACUACUCACCAGUUGCAUGGCAUUUUUGAGGCAACAACUUUUGGGGGUUCUAACAUUGAUCCAACUGCUUGGGAAGAUAAGAAAUGCAAGGGUGAAUCAAGGUUCCCUGCACAGGUAAGGAUACGUGUUAGGAAAAUCUGCAAGGCCUUGGAGGAAGAUACUUUUAGGCCAGUCUUGCACCACUAUGAUGGUCCCAAGUUUCGUCUUGAGCUCUCAGUCCCAGAGACUUUGGACUUGUUGGACCUGUGUGAACAAGCAGGUGCUUAAUUGUUUGGUCACCAAACAUAAUGGACUCUCCAGCAUAAGCAAAUGCUGGUGAUAAAUGUGCAUGAUGUAGGUUUUGUGGUGCAUUUAAGUUUGUGUGAUUUUGGCUACUUAAUCCUUAGAGCGCAAGCUUGGGAGUUAAAAUCUGGUUUGGUGAUGUUUCGGAGUGAAGGAAAAGGUUUGUGGCCUGCCAAAUAAUUAUAAUAGUGUCUUGUGAAGAUCUAUCUGGAGUAGCUGCAAAAUGUCUCAUGUCAUUUUAACUUUGUGAUCAAGAAGAAUGGCGACUGUAUAAUGUUAAGUCCUCGGAAGAUGACGACCCUAAUGUAUUCCUAUUUUCUGCAAUUUGAACUGAGUUUCGUCUCC